AUUCAGUGAACUUAAAGCUAUGUUAUGUUUUGGGGCAUCUCCAUUCCAGCCAAGUUCUGUGGAGACCCUGGUACCCCAGCCAAGGGGAAAAGAGAAGGACGAAGUUUAAUCUACAAGUCAGAGGUUACCUUCAGCUGUAGCGCCCCCUAUAUCCUGGUGGGGUCAACUACACGCAUCUGUCAGGACGACAGCGCCUGGAGCGGCUCUCAGCCACGAUGCAUAGAACCAUCCAGGACGACGUGUGAGAACCCAGGAACACCUGAACACGGCUCCAUGAACAUCAGCCUGGGGUUCAAGGUGGGCAGUAAGGUGGAGUUCCAGUGCCAGCAGGGCCACCUACUCCAGGGUUCCACCACCCGACUCUGCCUGUCUGACCUCACCUGGAGCGGAUCUCAGCCAACAUGCAUCCCCCAUUCGUGUAAGCAGCCCAAGUCCCCUCCCAAUGCAGACGUGGUUGGGAUGGAGCUGGCUCCGUAUGGCUACACCCUGCUCUACUCCUGCCAGCCUGGCUUCAUCCUGUCCGGGGGGUCAGAACACAGGGUCUGCAGGUCUGAUGGGAGCUGGACCGGUAAGGUCCCCAUCUGCAGAGUGGGCUCCAAACAGACGGAGAAACCUACCGCAACCUUACAGGGAACGCCAAGCCCCAACAUACAAGUCCCCGAUGACGUCUUCGCCCCUCACUUCAUCUGGAGAGGCUCCUAUGAUUACAAGAGUCAGAAACAUCCGAUGUCUUUGACCGUCACUCGUUUUAAUAGCAGCACGGGAAUAGUGAACGCCACGCUAAACCACAGCAACGUGGAAUUCCUGCUCUCUGGAGUGUAUAAGAACCACGAGGCCAGGUUAAUGCUCCUGCUGUACCACAUGAAAGCCCUGGCCCACAGCACGUAUAGCCGGGUUACCGAGGAGACCUGGGCUAUGGAUGGUUUUGUCUCAGCUGAACCUGACGGGGGCAGUUAUGUAUUCCAAGGCUUCAUACAGGGGAAAGACUAUGGACAGUUCGGGCUGCAGAGACUAGGUAUGAAGGUGAGAGAGAUCAACAUCACCACUGCAGGUCCUCCCCAUGUCUCCAAAAGCAGCUCUAUGGUCAUAGCCAUCCUGGUACCUUUCUUUGGCCUCGUGUUGGCAGGCCUGGGAUUCUAUCUCUACAAACAACGGAAAACGGAUCAGACCCAGUACACCGGCUGUUCAGUCCACGAGAACAGCAACGGCCAGGCGACAUAUGAGAACCCCAUGUACGACACCAACACCAAGUCUGCGGAGGGGAAAGUGGUUCGCCGACCCCAACCUCAACACCGUAUGCACUGUGGUUUGAAGAUGUGUGCCAAACGCACCGGGGUUUGA